ACCACAUAAUCAUCUGGCAACACUGCGGCACACUACCAUUGCGAAAAUAAUUCCAAAACGGAAUCCCAGAUCAAAUUGUCUCCUGACUUUAAGUGAUAUUUAAAGGCGUAGGUUGUGAUAAGAAAGCUAGCAGCUAAGAAAGUGCAGUUUUCCCCGCUGAACCGCUCAUUGCUUGACGAUCGCCGGCCAAACCUCUCCGUCUCUUCCAAAUGGUCACCAUGGAAAACAGCGAUGAGAUCCUACAGAUCCUGGAGCGUUUCACGCGUUUGAAGCAAAAGGAAAUACCCAAAGAGCUGGAGGAUUAUCUACAGUAUGUGGCCAAGACCGGCGAAACCAUAUUCAAGUGGUCAAGCAUCAAGUAUUUGUUUCGCGAGAAGCUGCUCAGUGUGAUUAAACACUUUAAUGAGGACUCUCCGCGUCUGGAGGAGGUUCCCAACUACCCGAAUGUGGACCCCUUUAACUAUGAGACCAUGAAGUCCUCGCUGCUGGAGCGUUUGGACCUAUUCACUGCCGCCCCCUUUACCGUGCAGCGUCUGUGCGAGCUGCUUAUUGAUCCGCGGAAGCAAUACUGCCGAAUUGAUAAGUUUAUGCGUGCCCUGGAGAAGAAUAUUCUAGUCGUCAGCACCAUUGAUCCGGGACGCAAGCGCACCGAAAGCGAGAACGGUGACUCCCUUGAUUCCGUUGUCAACGGCGACCUGUCCCUCGAGGUUAACAUUGACAUAGAAAUGGAGAAUGAGGCUCAAUUUAAUAAUGGGAAUGCCGAGGAGGGAACCGGCUCUGGCUCUGGUUUAGGUACCAGCUCUAGUGGCGGUGCCGUCAAGGCUAGCUGCCCGCGAUCAGAUGACAAUGAUCAGCCCAAGGCCAAGAAGGCCAAGCUGGAGAUUGAGGGCGAUGACGAUCUACCCGAGGCCGAUCAAGAGGCCGAGUCUGAAGUGGCCUCCUCUAAGGCCAAGAAGGACAGCGAUGAGACUGAUGCCCCACAGGAGGCAGCCGAAAUUGAGGAGCCCGAUGAUGAGUUGGAAGAGGCGGAGGAGGCCAAAACCACCGCCAAGCAGGCUCUCAAUGGCAGCAAGCAGCAGAAGGAGGAGGAGGAGGGCAGUGAUAAUCCCGUUACCGAGGCUGCCCAGGACUCAACAAUUGCCAAAUCUCCCAAAGCGGAGAGCGAGCCACUAGAUGACGCUGUCAAGGAGAAAGCGGAAGAUGUCAAGGAUAAGGAGGAAGUGGCCGGAGGAGAGCCACAGGAAAAAAUCAUCGAAAAGCAAGAGACCGAGAAGGCCGAGAAGUUGGACAAGCCAGUUGAAAAGCCUGCUGCCGAGGAGACUCCAGCAGAUAAGGAAGCCAAGGUGCCCGAGGUGGAAAAGGAGGACUUGCAGGAGAAGAUCACUGGGGAGCCAGAGGAAAAGGAGAAGAAGGAGAAAGCAGAUGCCGAGGCCAAGCCUGCAUCAGCAGAUAAGCCCGCUGACGAGAAAGCUGCUCCAGCGGAAUCGAAAUCAGAGAACAACAAGGCCGAGGAAAAGCCAGAGCCUGAGAAGGAGCUUGAGAAGCCCGAAAAGACUGAGACUGUGCCGGCCAAGAAGCCGUCACCGUCGCCGGAGGAGAAGGAUAAAGAGAAGGAGAAGGCUGACGAGCCAGCCGAUAAACCCGAGAAGAAAGAGGAUGAAAAGACUGCCGCCGAGGCUGCUGCUGGAGCAGGCAAGGAACCCCUAGUAGAGCCCGAGGGUGGAGAGGACUCUUCUUCACCCGUUGCCGAGGAAUUGGCCAAUGCCACCACACCGCAAUCUCCGGUUAGUGCCGCUGCCGAGUCCGCCGAAACGCCGCCCGCCGAGGCAGUUGAUGAUGCAGUUGAUGCUGAUGAAGACUCACCUGUGGCGGCCGUAACUACACCACCGGCUUUGGCCCUCAACGAUCAGCCCAUGGAGGAUACCCCGGCCGAAGAGGAGGAGGAGGAGGAGGUGGUGGCACGCGUCUCCCCAUCGGCCGCCGUUGAGGAGGUGGUUAUGGCCGAGAGCGGUCCACCGCCAGCCGCUGAGAUGGCCACCGAUGAGGCCGAUAAGGAGGUGGCCAUGGAGGUUGAUGACACCAGCCAGGAGGUGAUGGUCCAAUAAGGAUUGCAACUACAACUACAUUCAAAAAAAAAAAUACUACUCCAUAUAACGUAGACACAUAAGACAAGCCCCCCCCCCAUCCCGCGAGUAACCCUGACGAUGAUGUACUCGCCAUUCGCCCGCAUUGCUGCUGAUCGAUCACCCACACCCACACACCACUCUCUGGGAAGGAGGCCCCUUCGUAGCUGUAAGACGACUCUGUUGAAUGUUCCAUCAAAAAACACCAAUUGUGUUUAUAUAUUUUUUAAAGCCGUAUUCUUUAGGACAUGGAUGGGCAAAACCGCCGAAAUAUCGUACUAAAUCCAUUAGGCAGAUGAUCAAAUUUAUGCAUGUAUGUGCCCAUCCAGGCUAUAGAUCAAUCAAUCCUCUCCCUUAACCGACGAAGGACAAGUCCGCGGAUCUCGCUCCUCCUCUUUCCCUAUAAUUUUUUUUUAUAUUUAAUAUCCUAGAAGUAGACGCUCGAACAGCUGUGAGCGAUCGAACACCUACACAAUAAACACUAUCUACACAUAAAA